CGGAAAAUAAUUCUGGCGCACUUGUCUAUCUAAUUACAACGAGACCGAUGUUUACUACUGGUGGUUUGGUUAUGCAAAUGAAGCCGAGCGACGUUCUAUGACCGAUAUAUAACCCACCCUACAACGUCGGCGUAUGGCGAGCGUGACUGAAUUUCCCACUGCUUGGCAUUCAACCUUAAACGACCCCGAUAUAGCUACGUGGGGCGGUAAAACGCCGCUUAUCUUCUACCAAUCGUUCGCGAACCCAUUCGAGUCACACGAGUCAACGGGGCUGGAAUUUAACAUGACGUUGAUUUUAAAUGCUAGCGCUCGUGGAACAAGUUAUUAUUCUGUUAUGAAACUAUCAUUUAGUGGACUGGUGCUCGUUCGCGCCACAAACAUCGCGCGUCUGUCACUCAUUUUUUUCCGGCUUGGGCUCGGAUAAAGUUGCGUUGGGCGAAAAAGAAACGAUCAAGGGAUAUUCGGUGAACUUAAAUUAACGAGCGCUAAGAUCCGUGCAUCUGUUCUGUUCCCCCAGACAAAAUUUCACCAAGAUCAGGGGUAUAACUGUUGACCAGACCCAUUUUUAUCUA